AUUGUGGUCUUGUUGAGUGAGUGUUAGGUGAAUGUCUUGAUGCCAAGAAAACUUUUGAUGAAGCUCUGCAAUAUGGCAGAGAUGGAGGACGAGAUAAUAAAACAGACAUUUAUGGUGAAGCGUUCCCAAAAUAAAAAACUUCUGGGUCCUAUUAACUUCAAAUCUCGCUGGUUCGUCCUAACAGCAAAAACUCUAUAUUAUUAUGAUGGAAAUCCAGAAAAAAGAGGUAAAGAAAAAGGCAGAGUGGAUUUGAAAACAAUAAAAUAUGUGGAAUGCCUGAAUGAUGAUGCUCUUGGCAGAAAGUUUACUUUUCAGGUUGGUCAUAAGGAUUACUGGCUGUAUAUAAUAGCAUCCUCGGAUGAACAGAGGAGCGAGUGGAUUGAUUCUCUGAGAAAUU